CUUGCUAGCUGCACCGGUUAGCCCGUUAGCUUUCCCAAAAUACCUACCUGGAGCUUUUGCUUUGUAUGGAAGCGCCUAGCAUCAUUUUGUGGCUCAUGACACGUCGCCCCGGACAUCAUGAGGACUGUUAUUGUGCUGUCACUGCUGCUGCUGAACAUACAUCAUGUCACCGGGGCACCCAAAGGAGUCACUGCCAGCCUGAGAGCCAAAUGGACCAUGACACCUUUCCUCUUGGAGACAAGCGAAUUUAUUGCAGAAGACGGGAAUGAGAAAUUCUGGCAGUUUGUCGACACUGUGAAAGAACUCACCGUCUACAAGCAAGGAGAGUCUGUGCGCUCCUACUAUAACUUGGUCAUAAAGAAGGCUGGCCAGUUCCUCACGGACCUUCAAGUGAAUCUUCUCAAAUUUGCCGUGGCUCUACGGUCUUACUCACCAGCUGUUCACGCUUCCCAGCAGAUAGCCAGUGAUGAACCUCCACCUGAGGCUUGUCCUGCCUUUGUCUCCAUUCAUGGACAACUUAGCUGCAGCACCAAGGACAUCAAGAAGCUCCUGAAGGCAGCUGCAGGCAGGCCAAAACCAUUUUUGUAUAAGAGUGAUCACACAUAUCCCGGACUCAAUAAAACAGAUGUGCCAGUUGUGAUCCUCUAUGCUGAGAUUGGAACCAAGAAGUUCAUGUCUUUUCAUAAUGCGCUCUCCGAGAAAGCCCAAGAGGGCACACUCAUGUAUGUGCUGCGGCAUUUUGUAGGGGAUCCUAAACCUCAAAAGAUGCUUUUAUCAGGCUACAGUGUUGAGCUGGCUAUCAAAAGCACAGAAUACAAAGCUGUGGAUGACACCAAAGUAGAAGAUCCAAAGACAUCUUUAAAUACAGAGGAGGAUGAAAACGAUGUACAGGGGUUCUUUUUUGGAUCAUUAAAGAAAUCUCAUCCAGAACUGCAGGAAGAACUCGUUGAGCUUCGCAAACAUCUUCUGGAGAGCACCAAUGACAUGGCCCCUCUCAAAGUGUGGGAGAUGCAAGAUCUAAGUUUCCAAGCAGCUGACAGAAUCAUGUCUGUGCCAAAGCAUGAUGCUUUGAAGCUCCUGCGAGACCUCAGUCAGAAUUUUCCAAGCAAAGCAAGAUCACUGACAAGAGUGGCUGUAAAGCAGGAAAUGAGAAAAGAAAUUGAGGAGAACCAAAAGCAUCUCAGUGAGACCGUUGGUGUUCACCCGGGAGAUGGGGAGCUCUUCAUCAAUGGACUGCACAUUGAUCUGGACGUCCACAACCCUUUCAGCAUUUUGGACAUCCUCAGAGGAGAGGCCAGGGUCUUGGAGGGGCUUCAUAACCUUGGCAUAAAGGGGGAACAUCAGGGCAAGCUUUUGAAGUUACCUGUGAAUGCUGUGGAUGACAACUACGCCUUAGAUAUCAGACAUCCAGCCAUAAUGUGGAUAAAUGACAUAGAGAAUGACCCAAUGUACCGCAGCUGGCCAACAGGUAUACAGGAACUGCUCAGAGCCACCUUUCCUGGCGUGAUCCGGCAGAUCCGACGCAAUUUCUUCAAUCUGGUGCUGUUCCUGGAUCCCAUACAAGAAGAAAGUGUCGAACUGGUGAAACUAGCCGAGCUUUUCUACAAGCAUAAGAUCCCCCUGAGAAUUGGAUUUGUGUUUGUUGUCAACACCAAGGACGAGAUUGAUGGCUUCUCAGAUGCAGGGGUUGGAUUCUACCGACUGCUGAAUUACAUUGCAGACGAGUAUGAUUUAUCCCAGGCUCUGAUGUCCAUGGUCUCUAUGUACAACCAAGUAGAUGUUGGGAAGUCGCUAUCUGUUGAUACUAUCACUUCCUACAUGAAGAGGAAAUUUCCUAGCGCCAAUGCUGAGAAGAUUCUAGGCUUAGAAUCUGAGUAUGAUUACAAAAGAAACGAGGGUGCCCUCUUCUACAAAAAGAGCGGCCUGGGUGCUAUACCUCUGGCUUUAUUUAACGGAGUCCCUCUGAGUUCUGAUGAGAUGGACCCAGAUGAGCUGGAGACUAUCCUCCUGCAGCGCAUAAUGGACACGACCACCGCUUUCCAGAGAGCUGCCUUUAUGGGUCAGUUAUCUGAGGGCUCAGAUGUGGUGGACUAUGUAAUGGAGCAGGCCAAUGUGGUUCCGAGGAUGAACCCUCUCAUUCUGAGCACCGACCGAAAGUACCUCGACUUCACUUCCACGCCAGUUGUGGACGAUUGGGAGGACACAACUAUGUUUUCAUUCCUGGAAGGCAGAGACAAAACAGCUGUGGUGGCUAAGAGAAUGAAGUACUUUAGAAAUAACGAUGAGGAUGGGAUGAGUACUGUGACCAUAUGGAUAGCUGGAGAUUUUGAAACGGUCUCAGGAAAAAAGCUGUUACUCAAUGCUCUGAAACAUGUGAAGGCCAGCCGUGGAGUGCGAGUGGGGGUGAUAGAUAACCCCAGCGGAAAGCCCACUGAAGAUAACACUGUGCUGUACAGGGCUAUCUGGGCCUCCUUCCUCACCCAAAAGAAUAAGGCUACAGCCGAGUUUGUGCAAAAGCUCCUGAAAGAGGAAAGCAGCCGGCUCCUCCAGCAGGGGAGCAAGAUGAAGGAAUUACUGAUGCAGGGCAUGGACGCAGAUGCCUUCGAGAAAAAGUUCAACACACUGGAAGUGGAUUUCAUCCUCAGUCAGCAGCUGUUCUGUAGAGAGGUCUUGAAACUGAGGCCUGGAGAGCGUGCAGUGAUAAGCAACGGCAGGAUCCUUGGCCCGUUUGAGGAGCAGGAGGAAUUCACUGUGGAAGAUUUCCAAUUGCUGGAGAAGAUUACAUUGAGUGGUUCUGCAGAGAAAGUCAAAGCCAAAGUUAAACAGAUGCAGAUGAAGCCAAAGCACGCCAGCGACUUAGUCAUGAAAGUUGAUGCCCUCCUAAGUGCAGCCCCGAAAGGAGAGGUCAGGAGGGAUGUUCACUUUAUCAAAGACAGCCACAGUAUUCUCAGUCUCUCACCGCGGGAAAACGAGGUGUUCUACGAUGUGGUUGCCAUCGUUGACCCCCUCACGAGGGAGGCACAGAAGAUGUCCUCUCUGCUGAUGGUGCUCAGUCAAGUGGUCAAUGUGAGAAUGCAGGUGUUUAUGAAUUGCAGGGCCAAGUUGUCCGAGAUGCCCCUCAAGAGCUUUUACCGCUUUGUCUUGGAGUCUGAUGUGGCUUUCUUGGCCAAUGACACAGUGUCACCAGGACCAGUGGCCCUCUUCAUGGAGCUCCCAGAAUCUCCACUCCUCACCCUCAAUAUGAUCACACCAGAGAGCUGGAUGGUGGAGGCAGUGCGCAGCCCCCAUGACUUGGAUAACAUCCACCUGCAGGAGGUUAAUGGGAUAGUGAGGGCAGAGUAUGAACUUGAGCACCUCUUGCUGGAGGGCCACUGCUUUGACCUGUCAACUGGCCAGCCUCCCCGCGGACUCCAGUUUACCCUCGGCACGAAUCGGGACCCGCUCAUUCAUGACACUAUUGUCAUGGCUAACCUGGGUUAUUUCCAGCUGAAAGCCAAUCCCGGUGCCUGGAUCCUAAGAUUACGUAAAGGGAGAUCAGAGGAUAUCUAUCAGGUCCUCACGCACGAUGGAACCGACUCCCCUGCAGAUGCUGGUGAUGUUGUUGUUAUGCUGAACAGUUUCCACAGUAAGAUUAUCAAAGUCAGAGUGCAGAAAAGGGCUGAGAAAAUUAACGAAGAUCUUCUUAGUGAAGCAAGUGAAAGCAAAGGCAUAUGGGACUCCAUAGCAAGGAGAUCUUAUUCCUCCCCUGGAUCCCGACUCCGAUAUUAUGCUGUAAGAUCUAGUCUUGCAAAAAAUAUGUGCUUCUGUAGGUAUGUUGUUUGGAGCACUUUUGAGAAAAGCAUCACAGGUGGCGGCUCCAAGAAGGAUGAUGGAGAGAAGAAGAAAGAGGAUGUUCUAAACAUAUUUUCUGUUGCCUCAGGCCACCUGUAUGAACGCUUUCUCAGAAUAAUGAUGCUGUCCGUCCUUCGGCAUACCAAAACCCCUGUCAAGUUCUGGUUCCUCAAGAAUUACCUCUCUCCGUCUUUCAAGGAGACCAUCUCCUUCAUGGCCGAGUCGUACGGCUUUCAGUAUGAAUUAGUUCAGUACAAGUGGCCGCGGUGGCUCCACCAGCAGACCGAGAAGCAGCGUAUCAUCUGGGGACACAAGAUCCUGUUCCUGGAUGUUCUGUUCCCCUUGGCGGUAGACAAGAUCAUCUUUGUGGACGCUGACCAGAUCGUCCGGGCUGAUCUGAAGGACCUGAGGGAUUUAGACCUGGAGGGCGCUCCCUAUGGCUACACACCGUUCUGUGAAAGCCGCAGAGAGAUGGAUGGCUAUCGCUUCUGGAAAACCGGCUAUUGGGCCUCACAUCUGGGACACAGAAAAUACCAUAUCAGUGCUCUGUAUGUCGUCGAUUUAAAGAAGUUUCGUAAGAUUGCAGCCGGGGACCGAUUACGAGGCCAGUACCAGGCCCUGAGCCAAGACCCUAACAGCCUGUCCAACCUGGACCAGGACCUUCCUAACAACAUGAUCCACCAGGUGGCCAUCAAGUCUCUUCCUCAGGAGUGGCUGUGGUGUGAGACGUGGUGCGAUAACGCCUCCAAGGUCACAGCGAAGACGAUAGACCUGUGUAAUAACCCCAAGACCAAGGAGCCCAAGCUGACGGCCGCGGCCAGGAUUGUGCCUGAGUGGGUCGAGUAUGACAACGAGAUAAAACGGCUGCUGAGACGAGUCGAGGAACAGGGAGACGCAGAGAAAGAAGAACACAGUCCCUCUGCCUCACAGCACAAAAAAGACGACAACCUGCGUGAUGAACUUUAGUGUCUGCCAGCGCCCUGCUGGAGAGGAGGGAGGCAGCACCUUCUGCACGCAGGCCACCCGCUGAAGCCUGAAGACAGACCGUUCCAUCUAAACAUAGCCAUGCAGGACAAGGAUGUUGUAGAGAUCUCAGAGAUGCCAUAACUGCUGCUGCUGCAGUCGAUACGUUGUGAUGUAAGUGUGAGCCGCCAGCUGUGAACUCCUGGUGCACCCCCAGCACCAGUCAGGCCUCGGCUGGUACGGUGUCACUGGAAAACGAAUUUUCAAUUCAGCGUGAGUGAGGGAGAAAUAGUUGGCGUUUGUGGCACUGUUGAUAAAUGCAAAGAAUCUUAAAAGGCACAUCUCUCAGCCUACGUCCACAUUGUUAUGUUUUAGUUUUUUAUUGUUACUACGUUUACCCCCGCUGUCCAAAUUACUCCAGUUUAUGAGUGACUCAGGCUGAAGUUUGGAAACGCUGGGCCUGCGUUUUAGUCGGAAACAGGCAGAAACUGAGAUGUUUGAAAACGAGGAUGCAGUCAUCCGCCUUUACUUCCUCAUUCUUACAGUUCCAUCUCAUUGUUGGUCCAACUAAAGAAAUCUCUCGUCUUACUUUUCAUCAUCGCUGUUCCUUCUUUCAUUGUUUUUUCUAUAACCAAGCAACCAACCACAGAGUAGACAAUGUGCUUCCUGAUUAUGAUGUUCAAAUGAUUUCUGCUGUGUGAGUAUGGACGGGUAUUAUUAUCAUGCGGAGGUCUUAAAAUGAAAGUGUACUGGUGUGGAUGUAGCCUGAGAACCUAAUCUUCAAUCAAAUUUGUAUGUUCUUUGUUCAAAGCUUUUUCAGGGGCAUUCUAUUUACAUUAUUCUUCAUUUGACUUUGCAACUUGGACUUUGAUCACAUUUUGACUGGAAUGCCAAAACCAAAAUUGUAACAUGACUUAUUUUGAAAUUUUACUUUAAUGAAAUGCAAAGUUGUUCCAUUUGAGCAGCAGUUGGCACUCUCAGCUUAACAGUGCUAAGUCCCGCCCCCAUGAGUUGUGAUAACAUGCAUAACAUUUAUUGUUUUGUGGUGCAAAACACCAGGAAUACUUGAGCAGAGCUUCUCCAUUUCAUAUGGAUCAUCCACUGGUGACCAUGCAAAUGUUGCAUCAGAAUACUAUUUCACUGCUCAUAGAGCCAUCAUGUCCACACGUCAGACACGUUGCUGGUAGAGAAGCCUGCAUUGCCUUUUUACAAGCUCAUAAGCGAUAUGUUCAGGGGGCGGGGCCUAGCGUACAGUCUGUUUACCUUUGGCUCAGCAGACCAGGCUGAGCUGCUUUUGUUGCCAAGAUGUGGGUGAAGAAUCCUCAUUUGCACUCUACAGGUCAUGGUUUAUGUGAAGAAUACAGGAUCUUAAAUUAUUUCACUGUUUAUUUCUUAUGUGCGUUCAUCUUUCACAUGUUAAGAAAGAACCUUUCAAUAUUUAAAUUCCCCAGUGACCCAGUGUUUUGUCUCAGGAAUAAGACGAGUGCUGCUGCUCGAUGAAGCCAGGAGCAGUUGUUUUUUUUCUUCUGUGUCAUGAAUGAAAAUGGGUGUAGGACGUCUGGGCAACCAUCUGUCAAUGCGCUGUGUCACAGAAACGUUUAUACUAUGUGAUGGAAAAAAUAAAUAAACCUUUGAUACAAAACUGUA